AUGAUCCAGCGAAUCUGCUGUGUCGCGAGCUGCAAAUUCCCAUUUUUUUCCCACGCUCUCCAGACUUGGGAGGAGGGGCUGCCUGGCAUCGAGACGAUAAUCUGGUUUGCUAUGAGUUCAAUAGACUGGUGGGGAAAUCUCAGGGAGAAUUUCUUGGAAGAACUUGACGAUAUCUCUCCAAACAUGAUUGGCCUCUUCAAGAGGAAGACAGGUGCCAUUGGCCAACGGUUGAAUGAGCUUUUACAGCAAACGAAGACAACUGAGCCAACUGACAUUAGGUGCCUGAUUCUACGUGGACUGCCAGUCGUCUUGGGUGAUGAUCCUGCUGCCUUCUUUAAGACCUGCUCCGACGCAACUGACCAAGAGGUAUUUAGCCAAACGUCAGUGGCAAUCCUUUGCAUCGAUUCAGAGCAUCCUCAGUUGAACCCAUCCAGAGUGGGAAUCAUUUUGGAAGGAACUGUGGUUAUGGAUGAGCUGGACAAUCUCCUUUUCGGUCUGAUUAUCGAUCUAACUCUCCAACACUGGCCCAGCGUCACUGAAGUGCCAAUCAAUCAGAAACGGGGCGUUUUGGAGUACACCGCCGUAAAAAGACUUCCGCCCCCUCUCAGGUGA